AUGAAAGCUACCUUCUUAGCCCUCGCUUUUGUUCUUCUUGCUCUUUUUGAGUGUCAAGUUCAUGCUAUUUGUUCUUGUAAUCCCGAAGAUACAAAAUGUCUCGAGAGAUGUGUAAGUAGCACUCAAGAUUGCAUUGAAUCAUGCGGUGAUGAUGCCGAAUGUUAUGAUAGAUGUAUUGACAACAACUGGCCCGGUGUUUCAAGCACUACGACAACUACUCGCGCUACUGUCAGAGAAACGACAACAAGAACAGAGGCUAGAACCGCCAGUACUACUACUACGGCUAGAAUAAGUGCUUCUACUACCUCUUCUAUUGCCUCUAUUUUGACAAGCUCUUCAUCUGUUGUCAGUAGCUCCUCUGGUUCAUCGGCAAUUGUACCUACAUCGUCUCCUGCAUCUGUCUCGUUCCCAUCUGUAAGCAGCACUGUAGUUAUCUUGCCAAGUACUGCCAGCAGCAGUAUGCCCGUCAGCAGUGCUCCUGCUUCUAGUUCCAUUUUUUCAUCUAUCAGUUCAGUUGCCUCAUCUGCUGCCGCUACUGCUACAACAAGUGGAAGUGAAUCAAAUUCUGUCAACUGGGCCAGUCAAAUGACAAAGAUGACAGUUGCCGCGGCUUUUGGCCACGCUGUCUUCUAUUUCAUGUGGAACUAA